AUAGUCAGUUCUGGUGGUGCCUCCCUGAUGUGAGAAAGCACAGUCUCUCUCUUCUCACCAGUGAAGGCUAGUAAAUACAAAGAGAUUCACUCACUUAGAAGCCAGUAGCAGACAUGGAAAUGGACAGCCUGUACACAUCAUUGGAUAGGCCCACCGAAGAUAAUUAUACCACCGCAGAACCAACAAGGGGCAGAAAAGCCAGACACCUGGAAGUAUCUCCAGCUCCUCUUGCUAAUGCAUUUAACAAAGGCUGGCAGUUCAAAGCGCUGCUGUACUUGGGUAUUUUACAGUUGGUUGUCAUGAUUGGACUCACUAUUUCUCUUGCAAACCUGGCCUGUCCUAAACUCUCUGCCAAUGAUAGAGUAUCAGCAAUAGACAAAUCCUGUCCUGUAAGAGACACAUUGGUGAGAGGUAAAAAAUGUUUCACUUGUCCACAGAGUUGGCUGCUGUUCAACUCCAAAUGUUAUUUCUUCUCCACUGAUAAAUUCAACUGGAACAACAGUCAAAAAAACUGCACCUUACUUGGGGGACACCUUGUGAUUAUAGAGAGCAUUAAAGAGCAGAAUUUUUUAACAGCAUUGGUGGAAAUUGAAGGUGAAGAACAGAAAAGCUACUGGAUUGGACUGACAGAUCAGGUGAAAGAAGGUCACUUUUUAUGGGUGGACAAUAAACCUCUGGACAUAAAAAAUGAGUUCUGGGGAAGAAGAGAGAAUGACAAUGGGCUAGAGCCAGACAACUGGACUCAUUGGAAGAACGGGAAUAUGGGAGAGAACUGUGUGGUGCUAAGAAAAUUACAGCGCUACAGUGGCUGGUAUGAUCAAAACUGUGUAUCAGAAAAGAAACGGAUCUGUGAGGCAGCAGCAUUAACUUUGCCAACCCAUGUCUGAAUUGUACACAGGAGCAGCUGAGUAGUCAACACAUCAGUGGGGUAAAUGGCUUCUCUGAAAUGACCAAUUGUGGCUUCUAUUGACUAUUGCUUACUGGUGAAUGCAGUGUUUUUGUGAAGAUUAAAAAUGCAA